AAGUAUACAGUAAUGCUGUUUCGUCCACCUCUCAAAUACCUUUAAAGGUUUUUGGUGCCUUAACAACAGGGUAGUUAGCUUAGAACAGAGAAAGCAACCAUGACAGAGAAAAAAUUUGUAGAAGAAAUAGAGAAAGCGCUGGAAAAAUCCAAAGACCUUAAACUCCAUGAACUUCUCUUUUCCUACCAGGGAAUUCCCUACCCGAAUACAGUGUGCAGUGCAGAGACGUUCCAAGCCCUGGAGAAUUUUGAAAGCAGAAAAGAUGAUGCGGUGUUGGUGUCCUACCCCAAAUGUGGAGCAAAUUGGUUGAUUCUCAUUGUGAGUGAUCUGAUUGCCACAACGUUGAAAAUUAAGCAAGAGAAUACAGAAUUGCCAUUUAUGGAGUGUGGAGAUCCAGAAAAGUUUCAGAGGAUGAAACAAUUUCCUUCUCCAAGGAUUGUGGCCACACAUCUCCAUUACAACUAUCUGCCCAAAUCUAUUUUCAAAAAUAAAGCCAAGAUAUUGGUGUUGUUUCGAAAUCCUAAAGAUACAGCAGCAUCGUUUUUCCAUUUUCAUAAUAAUGCUCCAACCAUUCCCAAUUAUAAUUCAUGGGAGGAAUUUUUCCCAGAAUUUAUGAAUGGAGAAGUUGCCUGGGGAUCCUAUUUCGAUCAAGCUGUCGCUUGGAACAAACAUAUAGAUGAUGAAAACGUUCUGAUUCUGACAUACGAGCAAUUAGAAGAGGAUCUGGUUUCAGGAGUAAAGCAAAUAGCUAAUUUUUUUGGUUUCCCUGCUACUACUGAGCAAAUUCAGGCUAUUGCAGAUAGAACUACCUUCCAAGUGGUGCGCGAUAAGUCGCAGGAAACACAUGGGAUGGCUGGUCCACUGCUCUUCCGGAAAGGCAUUGUAGGAGAUUGGAAGAAUAUUUUUGGCAAGGCUCAAAAUGAGCAAAUGGAUGCUAAAUUUAAGGAAUGUUUAGCUGGAACCAAGCUGGGAACAAAGCUGAAGUAUGAUGUCUAUUGCAAAAUCUGAACAUGUAUCUUGUGGGAAAAAAAUAUUAUUUUUGUGGAAGUUUUGUUUGCUUGCAUAAAAAAAGGAUAUAACCAGAAUACACAUUUCACUAUUGCUAAUCUGUGAAACUCGUUAGUAUCACAUUUCUAAUAUAGGAUGAACCUGUAUUAAGCUGGAUAAUAUAUAGCCAGACUAUUUCAUAGAAUAAGACAAUAUUUUUUCCCAGAUAUAUGCAAGCCUCUCUUACAAUAUUUCUAAGGACAAGAGGACAAUGAAUCGAGGCUUAUUGGGAAAACGUGCCUGUAUGAAUAAGAGCUUUGAAGCACCAAUAGCCAGGGUGUAUCUCAUACUCUAAUUGUUCCAGUUUUCUGUUAUUUUCCGAGCUCAGCUUUGGAGCAAAACUGAAAUACUUGGUCCUGCAGAAUUUGAUAUGUGGAGAGGACCCACUUCAAGAGAGUGAGGUAGUUGCAUCCUUUAACUGCUGCUUUAGAACUUUUAAGAAGACAGACUAUCAAUAUUGACUUUGGGCAAUUCUGUGUGAAUCACCCCAAGGAGAACAGUGAUUUUCCAUUAUUUGAUCACUGAUUUUUAUUCAGGACAUUGAACAGUGAGUAAAAAAAUUUCUAGUUGGUACCAUCUAUUUAGGAUGUCUGAUUUUUAAGAGGCACUGGAAGGAGGUUGUAAUUUUAAGAAUGAUGAGAAUUUCAGAAGUAAAGUUUUACACAGAGAGGAGGGAAAAGCAUCUUGUCAUGUUAACAGCCCUUCAUUUUAAUAUGUUUAUUAAAACAAUUCAAUAUUAAGAUCAAGAUGGAAAUAGAAAAUGAAUGUCUAGAUUUUUACACAUUAUAUUAUGAAUCAUGACUUAUUAUUACAGUACUUUGGAUCACACAUACUGGUAGAAGGUGGGAAUCAUGCAAUCUGUUCAACCAAAACCAACCAACCAUAUUAUAUCUUAGCCUCUGUGUAGCCACACAAAAAUCUUAGUACAUCAAAUGUUCAAAUUCAUCUUUCAUGUUUUCUGAUGUGGAAUAAUCUGUUACCCUUGGUCAUAUAAUAAAUAUUUUUGAUGUAUAAAAAUGACAAUUUAGUUACAAUACUGACUUACAAAAAAGCAAAAUCAUAUGUAGCAUUAGUCUGAUAGAAUGUGCUAGAAAUGUAAAUAUGAAAUACUCAAACUGGUGAAUUUGAAAUGUAUUCACUACAUCAAGAUUAUUUUUUUCCAGCAUUUUGAAUAGAAAAGUCUGUAACACAUGCACUGAUUAUAAUAAACUGAUUUUUAUUGUAAA